UUACAACUUUUAACUAAAAUUGCAGCUGCUGAGAAUGUGGAAAACAAGCCGGUUACGGAAGAUUGCCUGGAAUGCAUAUGUGAGGCAAAGAGCGGCUGCAAUGACACAGCCAUAUGCGUAAAUGGCGCAUGUGGCAUCUUCCGAAUAACCUGGGGCUACUGGGUGGAAGCGGGCCAGUUAACCUUACCCAAUGAUACGUCGCUAUCGGAGCAGGCCUUUACCAAUUGUGUCAAUGAGCCGCGCUGUGCUGCAGAUACCGUGCAGCAUUAUAUGUCCAAGUAUGGCCAGGAUUGCAACAAUGAUGAGCGCAUCGAUUGCCUGGACUAUGGCAACUUGCAUAAGCUGGGCUAUCUGAAUUGUCGUGCCGAUUUGCCCUAUAGCUUUGGCAAGCCCUUCCAUAGCUGUUUGCGUAAUAAGCAGCGUUUGUAUAAAAAAUUAACAACAACAUAAACUAAAUAACUUUUUAUUUGGGAAAUGUUUCAGUUUCUUUUUGAAAACAAUUACACAUUGCUUGAACAGUUAUAUAGUCAUCUAUAGUUAUAGAUAUAUGUUAAGUUGUCAUCAAUACAAUACACAGUAUAUAUAGAGAUAUAGUUAAGUAGUUCUUAGAGUUUGUUAUAUGAAAACUACUUGGUUGUCUUAACAAAUUGUUAACGUUGCUGUUUUAACUUUAUUGAAAUUUU